CUUUGAACUGAAGAAAUGACUUUUGGGUGUCUGUUGUAGGCUUAGCUACAGCAUGUCCAAGCUCGUAAGGGCAUACAAGCAGGCCCACGAGGCUGCUAACACUGGGUUAUAUUAAGCCUUCCAGACCUUGAUAAGACACAUUCAAAGUGAUUUUGUGACUGCCCUGUUGUCUGGGGACAGAUUUGGUGGAGCAGCACCAUGAGAGCUCAGAGGGGACUCAUUGUACUCCUGCUUCUUCUGGCUGUCCUCUGUUCUACAGGUGACAGCCUCAGAUGCUACAACUGUUUAGACCCGGUUUCUUCAUGCAAAACAAACAGUACUUGCUCUCCUAACCUGGAUUCCUGUCUCGUCGCUGUAUCCGGAAAGCAAGUGUAUCAACAGUGUUGGAGAUCUUCGGAUUGUAAUGCCAAGUUCAUUAUGAGCCGAUUAGAACUGGCAGAGGUACAGUACAGAUGCUGCCAGGUGGACUUGUGUAACAAAAAUCUUGAAGAAGGCAAGCCAAACAAUGCGGCCACCUCCUUACUGGGGAAGACAGCGUUGCUGGGAACCUCGGUUCUGGCAGCCAUUUUGAAGCUUUGUUUCUAAGUCAUCUCUAAGGCCCGGAUGCCUCCUUUCUGUAUCUUUUUCUUUUCUUUUUUUUUUUUCCCCUGCUGCAGCACUCUAAAGCCUUUAUUACUUUCCAGCUGUAUUUGUUUAGGAAACAAUAAAGUUCAGUUGAACAUCUUGGACUAGAGGAAGGGAUGUAUGCAGUGUGGAAGAGCACCGUGCACACAGGGAAUGCCCACUUGCAGUUACAGAGUGAAGUACAUGCGUAGAACACUAAUAGGUUAUAUAAUCUUCCUCUGCCACUUGGGAGGACUGGCUUUCAGUUUCAGCUUAAAUGCGUUUCCGGCAACCCUUAGGGAUAUCUCUCUGGUUCCUGCAAUGUAGCUGAGGAGUGAGAUCAGACAGUAUAUUUAGGAGUGAGUGGGCCAGGAGGAUUCUCCUCACCACUCUGACAGACAUGCUCAAAUGAUCUUCACAGGUCCUGAGCUGGUGUGUAAAUGUUGUGAGUUGUCAGUCAGGGGCAAUGAUUGUUCA